GAAAAAGGUUAGUGAUUUAAUCUAACCUUAAAUUUUGUUUAUAUUCUUUAUUGGUUGGAAAAUUGUUUUGUUAAGUGAUAAGAGAAUGAAAUGUACAUUUAUAUAACAAUUUAAUAAUGAUACAUUUAAUUUUCAAACUUCUAUCUUUACUAAUUUUUUCAAGAGCUGAUCUUGAAGAUGGGACCAAUGCUUAUUCGAAUUCAGAGGUACUAGGAUAUACCGAAGGUGUGGUUGGAAACGAAAGUUUUGUUUACUACUAUAUUCAUCAUUCUGGAAAUAUAGUAUUAUCUUUAAGCUCAAGUGUUGGAGAUGCUGAUUUGUAUAUAUCAGAUACUCAAGUAUUUCCCACAUAUUAUCCAGAUACAUAUGAUCUACAUUCAGCUACUUGUGGAAUUGAUAAUGUAGAAAUUCCUUUAAGCUUUAAAAGCCCUAUUGCAGUUGGAGUCUACGGACACUCGGCACAUGAAGUUAGUAAUUUUGUUUUACAGGUUUUAAAAAAUCCGGAAGCAGAUAGAGCAUUUGCUAUAAUAGAAGACGAACUUCCUCAAGAAAUGAAAGAUUCUACACAAGUGCCAAAUGAGAUUAAAUUCAAAAACGUUAAACAGAAAAUUAAGAAAAAACAUCACCAAUCGGCACAGAGACCUAGUGGAUUUGAAUCAUUGUUUGAAAUUAUAGGACUAAUAUUUUUGUGAUACAUACAAUUUAAGAAAGUAAUUUGUGUAAUUAUCUAGUCAACCAAACAUUGUACCAAUAUCAAAAUAAUUAUUUUAAUUUUGAA